AGGGGAAGGGAGGGAGGGAAAGAUGGUGGGUGGACUUGCACAAUGCAGUCAUUUCUGUUUAUUUAGUUUCCUGCACUCGUGGUUAGACUGUUUUUAUUGGACAUGUCACCCCCUCACCAUCACCCCACCAUGGUUUGUAUUUCCUUUAAAAAGCACCUGGGUCUGUUACUUUGACACUGUCUGAUCUAGCUUUGACACUUGUUCUGAUGCCAGGAGUUCCAUAGACAUGUAGUGAAACAGCAGAGCUCUGGAAGGUUCUGAUACAGUGGAUUGACCUGGGGUAGAUGGUUCUGUUAUAUAUGUAGAGGAAGGUUCUGAUACAGUGGAUUGACCUGGGGUAGAUGGUUAUGUUAUAUAUGUAGAGGAAGGUUCUGAUACAGUGGAUUGACCUGGGGUAGAUGUUUCUGUUAUAUAUGUAGAGGAAGGUUCUGAUACAGUGGAUUGACCCGGGGUAGAUGGUUCUGUUAUAUAUGUAGAGGAAGGUUCUGAUACAGUGGAUUGACCUGGGAUAGAUGGUUCUGUUAUAUAUGUAGAGGAAGGUUCUGAUACAGUGGAUUGACCCGGGGUAGAUGGUUCUGUUAUAUAUGUAGAGGAAGGUUCUGAUACAGUGGAUUGACCUGGGAUAGAUGGUUCUGUUAUAUAUGUAGAGUAGAUAGAUAGAUGGCUGGAUAGAUAUGGACCACAUGCAGGGUGAUUUUUGGUUCUCUCUUUUGUGUCUCGUCUCUCUCCCUUUCUUCAGAGACACCCCAAUGGUUGAGUGUAUAUAAAAACAAGCUCACAUUAAUAUAUAAGUUAAAUGUAGUUGUUUUUUGUUGAUGGAUUGAGUGUUUUGUGUGUGUUUAUUUUUAACAAAAGUGAUCCAAAGCAUGCCUGCUUUGGUACGUAAAACUGUGAUUGUGUCUGAAAUCUUUCUAGCCUACUGCUUACUAAAUGUACUAAUCAUACUACAUACGAACAUACUAAUAAAGUGCAGUAUUAACUUGAAACAAAAGUUUAAAGCGACAAUUAUUAACAUACUGGCUCAAACGACAGGAAUGAAGCAGCGGACACUAGCGGCUGUUCGGGCUAUUCGCUCACUGUUUCUGGCGGACGUUUUAUGGUGUUACACAGCAUACCUUCGUCAAACUGCUACACAAUGCUAGCCAGCAGCUAACAAAAUGAGUUUGUUUUUGCCCAAAUUGUCAUGCAAAAAGGACAUAGACGAGGUAAUAAAAACCGUCGCUGAAAAGGUUUUAGUUCUUCGGUUCGGGAGAGACGAAGACUCGGUCUGCCUGCAGCUUGAUGAGAUUCUGUCCAAAACGUCCCACGACCUGAGUAACAUGGCUUCUAUCUACAUCGUGGAUGUGGACUCAGCCCCCAUCUACACGAGAUACUUCGACAUCAGCUACAUCCCAUCUACCGUCUUCUUCUUCAACGGACAACACAUGAAGGUUGAUUAUGGGUCUCCAGAUCACACCAAGUUUGUGGGCAGUUUUAAGACCAAGCAGGACUUCGUGGAUCUGAUCGAGGUGAUCUACAGAGGAGCUAUGAGAGGGAAGAUGAUCGUCCAGAGUCCCAUCGACCCUCAGAACAUCCCCAAGUACGACCUGCUCUACCACGGGAUCUAGCCCCAUCACGACCUGCUCUACCACAGGAUCUAGCCCCAUCACGACCUGCUCUACCACGGGAUCUAGUUUUUAGAUUUCACCACGAUUCCCCACCCUUCAGCGCGGUUACAAGCACCCUGGCUGCAGAUCUCGUCGGGCGGCCGACAGCACGGUUGGAGCGCUCAAGCUGCCGAGAAUUCAUGUGAAAAGAAACCGUCUGACGAGCACAGAACGGAUUGGCCCGGCCUGGACAAUUGUGGUAUUGACCUUAUCUAGAGACCCCACUGCAGCUGGCGCCAUCUCACUUGACCAUUCAUACUGAUGUACUGUUUGUUGAAACUGUCCGUAACUUGACGUUGAUAUUUCCCUAGGGAAAUAGAUCUCUAUAUGAGACGGAUACAUGUCAGGGUGGACAACGUCCUUUUAUUUCUUACAAUGAAGACCCAUUUACAGCUUGGAGCUGACGGUUCUUGUUGCCUCAUAGUGUGAAUGCUGAGCCUAAUGUAUGUCUGGUGAGAAGGUCUGAACCUUUUUUGAACUUUUGUUAAUAAAUGUGUCGCUUCAAAUAAUGUUGGUUUGAUCUCUAUCGAGGACCAACAAGAAAUCAUUAUCUGCUAAAUUGUUAGCUACAUAAAAGUAAUAAGACCAUUCACAGUGCUGGAGAUCCUUGUAUUAUAUAAUCCCAGGCACCACAGGCUGAAUGACUUGCAUCAAUUUGGAGAUCUGUUGGUAUUUUGGUCCAUUUAAUAUGAGUAUUUUCAAAAAGUAAACAAAAAUGUCAAACUUGA